ACACACACACACACACACACACACACACACACUUCCUCUGUGAUCGAUCAGCCUCAGUGGGUCUGCUCUCUGAUCAGCUGUCCUUCAGUCUCUAUCGAUCUGUAAUCGAUACUUCCGGCUGUAUUGGUGUCUGUGGUCCGUCUGUCGGUGCCGGUCUGGUUGGAUCUGGUUUGUUCUGGAUCCGGACUAACUUUUGGGACUCGGUUUGGAGCCUCGGUCUCUCUGGAGCUGUUAGCAUCUCUCUGCUGGAGCUCAUUGAUCUCCUGACCCAGUUUCUGGUCGAUUAUCGAUCAGUUCCCGCUCGGAGACGGACCCGGCCGCUGCUCUCCGGACCGGACAUUAGCUUUAGCUCCGAGGCUCGUUAGCCGGCUCGGUUCUGUUAGCACUGUAGCUAGGCUAACUGACGUGCUAACUGUUAGCCUGAGUUAGCAGCUAGCGGUUAGCCCGAGCUGCUCCGUCCUCGUCAUGCCGGCGAUGCUGGAGAGGAACCCGGAGGCUCCGGGGAAGCGGAGGGGCCGAGCCCCGGCGGGCAGCGGGCCCGGGGCGGCGGCGAACCCCGGCGGGAAGAGUCUGUCCGGUAAUGGAACCAGCUGCUGGGAAGAAGGAAGUUCAGGCUCCAGCAGCGACGAGGAGCAUGGUGGAGGAGGGAUGCGGGUCGGACCGCAGUACCAGGCCGUGGUUCCGGACUUUGACCCGGAAGUCGCCAAAGCUGCUCAGCUCAGAGAAAACCUCGGGAUGUUGGUUUGGAUCCCCAGCAGCUGUCUGAACCAGACUCAGUUGGACGAGUACAUCGCUAUCGCCAAAGAGAAACACGGCUACAACAUGGAGCAGGCUCUGGGGAUGCUCUUCUGGCACAAACACAACGUUGAGAAAUCUCUGGCCGACCUUCCGAACUUCACUCCGUUUCCUGACGAGUGGACGGUGGAGGACCGAGUUCUGUUCGAACAGGCCUUCAGUUUCCACGGGAAGAGCUUCCACCGCAUCCAGCAGAUGUUACCUGAUAAGUCGAUGGCCAGUCUGGUUCGGUUUUAUUACUCCUGGAAGAAAAGUCGCAGUAAAACAAGUCUGAUGGACAGACAGACACGAAAACACAAGAGAGAGAGAGACAGUGACGAUGAAGUUGAAGAGGGAAACGUGAAUCCUCCCAGUGACUCAGAGUUUGAGCCAAAUAAAGACGACAAGAAGGAGGUGAGUUCUGGAUCAGAGAGGUCAGAGGUCAAACCAGCUGCGGGACUGAAGACAGGCAGUAAGGCGUCCCAGCGGCUGAAGAAGCGUCCUCCCAGAGGAAUGUUUCUGAAUCAGGAGGACGUCGUCUCGCUCUCGUCUUCGUCUCCUCAGGGAUUCAUCAGACAGCUGGACUGUCAGCUGGUGUCCAUCAAGAGACAGAUUCAGACCAUCAAACAGUCAAACAGCUGCCUGAAGGAGAAAAUCAGUACAGGGGUCGAGGAGUUCAGACAACCCGAGGUGAAUCAGAAGUUUAACACUCGUUGGACCACAGAGGAGCAGCUGCUCGCUGUACAAGCCAUCAGGAAGUAUGGGCGGGACUUCCAGGCAAUCUCAGAUGUGAUUGGUAACAAGUCGGUGGUUCAGGUGAAGAACUUCCUGGUGAACUACAGACGGAGGUUUAACCUGGACGAAGUUCUUCAAGAGUGGGAGGCUGAGCACGGGAUGGAGGGGGGAGACAGGGGUGGAGGAGAGGAGGACAAGAUGGACGACAAGAUGGAGGACAAGAUGGAGGACAAGAUGGAGGUGUGUCCUGCUGAGGAGGAGGAGGCCACUGCUAAGGAGACAAAGGAGGACUCAUCCUCUCCGGCAGACUCCCAGAAGCCUCAGGCCUCCUGAGACCCUCUGACCUCUGACCCCGCCCCUCUGGUUUUAUGACGUCAUCGUGUGUUUUAUGUUAUUUUAUUUCUCAGUUUAUCAGUUAGUCAAUAUGUUGGACUUUUUAUUGAUCAGGUGUGAGGUUUGUGUCUCGUCACCGCUCCCUCUGGACCAAUCACAAGUCAGACCUGACCUGUCAAAGUGUAUGGGACCUCUUUUUUGAAUAAUGUUUUUAAUCUGUUUAUUAUUUCUCCUUCUUUCUUCCUGUGUGUGUGUGUGGGUGGAGGUGGUUGGGGGGGGGGGUUACUGAAGCAGCCAUGUUGGAUGAUGUCACUCAGGUUGGAGGCAUGUCCUGAUGAUGUCAUCCUGUUUUGGGAUUUUAGGAUCUUUUAGGGGAGUGUCAAUAAAACCAAAGUUCAUCAAUAAAUGAAUUUCUUCUCUUUUGA